CAGAAUUCACUGAAUAGUGACGUCGCCGCGUUCCCAUACUGACCAACUGAGGCACUGUGUUUUGUCCGAGUUUUAAAACAACUUCUUUAUUCCAAAGUGCUGCUGUUUUUUCGGACAAAACCCCUUUCCAUCGACGCGCUCUGAGCGGAACAGGGGAGUCUGGAAUGCUCAGAAAAUGGACAGAAGCACAGAUACAUUGAAGUUGACUGUGAGCAGUCUGGAUGAUCGUGCAUGGUCGGGGUGUGUCGUGUUGUUCCUGCGCUGCUGUGGUCCAAAACCUGAUCUUCUGUCCUUCUACAAAGACCAGCAGGAGAAGUUCAGUGUCUUCAAGACCAUUAAACUCACUCUGACAGAUGUUGCAGGUGGACUCGAUGGUUAUGAAAUCCUCAAGCUUCAUGAUGCCGAUCCGUUCCUGGGAGUGGAGCUGAAGUUCAUGGAUAUCGUUCCCUGUAGGCGUUUCCUAGACAGCUACACGUGUGGCUCACUGCUUCAGUUCCUCUCCCAGCAUGCAUCACGCCUGCUCUCACUUCCCAACAGUGUGGGUGUUGAAGCCACACUCAAAGCAGGAACACACACCCUGGACCACAGCCUUCAAGAUCCAGAACUCUGUCUCCAGCUCAUAUACCAGUCUCAGCCCGUGCGUUUGCGGGAUGAUGAGGUCACGCAGCUCGAGCAGCAACUACAGAACAGCUAUAUUCCACCCAUCCAGACCCGGAAGGAAGUGCCCAAGAACUGCUUCCUUUUCCAGAGGCGAGUGUUUGACGACAGGCCUCUGACGCCCAUGGAUCAGCAGCGCUUCGCUUCUCACGUGGGCCGCGACUGGAAGCGAGUGGGUCGGGCAUUACAGAAGAACUGCCGGGCGCUGAAGGGGUCAGCCAUCGACAAUCUGGCCUACGAGUAUGAGAGAGAGGGGCUUUACGAACAAGCCUAUCAACUUCUGGGACGCUUCAUCCAAUCAGAGGGCCGGAAUGCCAGGCUGGGGCGUCUCAUUAGUGCGCUGGAGGAAGCCAAGCUGGUCAGCAUGGCCGAGAUCAUGUUGGACAUUCAGCCCCGAGAGUGAGGGACUUGAACUGUGUGUGUGUGUGUGUGUGUGUGAGAGAGAGAGACUGGGUCUGGUACCUAAAGGUGUACUUUUUUUUUUUUUUUUAAAGUUUAGUUUUGUACAAUAUUUUUAAUAAUGCAGCAUUGUCCAUAUGUGUCUUAGGUAAUAUAAUAUAGCACUAGGUUUAGACUGCAGGAGCCUUUAAAACCUCCUGGUGCUUGUUAAACACCCGACCACUUUCACUCCUGGUCGAUUUGAAUCUGAAUCAGAUCAAAAUUGACUCCUUUGAUUCAUUUUUGCCUUGACUGUUCAAAUCAUUAAAGAAACCAAUGAAGGAAAAAAAAACAUUCUUUGAGGUGUGUGUGUGUGUGUGUGUGUGAGAGAGAGACUGAAUGUUCUCAUAAAACGCUUUCAUUCUUUGGGUGGAAAAAUGGGGAAAAACAAACCUUUACUUAUUAAGGGCAUAUAGAAAUCAUAAAAAUGAUCUGAGCACAGAGCCAACGCCGAAGGAAUGAUUGUAUCAUCAUAUAAAUAAACGUUUUAAGAAUUUUUGUAA